CGGCAUUGGGCUGACAUUACAAGGGGGUACCACUGUCGGCUUCUCUUUGCAGUAAGGGUUGUUCAUGUGCUUAUGAGCAAUCAGUUGACUUUGUGACUUCUGGUGUUCUUUGUAACUAUGUGAAGUUUAGCACAUGUCCUGUAAUUUUCAGGAAUAAGAUCUAGUUUAAAAUACGUUUAUUUGAGAGGAAUUGCAAGAAUGAAGAAUGGGGGGGCUUAAAAUAAAAAAUGUAAUUUUCAAAUAUGAAAAAAUUUUAACGGAUCUUUUCACAGUCAAAUAUAUAAUUGAUGGUUUACCAUUCAUAGUGCUUGUAUGCCUUGUUGAAAUACAGACAUCAAGAUGAAAGCAUUCCACGGUCCACUACAUUUUUAGCGCUUUUUCAUAGUUCAGCAUGCUGGAUAGCUAGUUGUUGAUGGGAAUCUCUUCCAUUGCACUUCCAGUCCAGUUUUAAUGCUACAUUUAAGCAGAGCUAACUAUGGGCUACCAGCAGAAGAGAUGAUUGUACUCAAUUUUCCUUUCCCCUCUCUGCCCAUUGCUCCCCCUCAUGUGUUGUAUCUCACAGUUCUGCAAUUACAGGUUACAAUUUGGAUUUGAUUAGGGCACUCAUUCAACAGAAAUCUCAUAGCUUUUUUUGAGGUUUUUCCUUUUUGACUACUGUUUUUUUCUGAAGCAGUGCACUGCUGUGACACACUCUGUAGCCACAUGAUUGCUGUAUCUAACAUGGGGCUGGCAGAGGGAACACAUUUCCACAAGUACAACAGAACCAUCCUGGCAAUGACAACUGGCAGUUAGGUUGGAUUAAGUGGAACAUUAACCACUGUAGGGUCAGAAAAGUAGAUGACUCGGACUAUAAAUUACACAGAAGGUAGAGUUACGAAAACAGUCAGCUGGCGUUCGCCUAUGCUGCUGAAAAGGUGGCACUUGGAAAUUUUUGCUCACAUCCCAGAUUUGAAUCUCUGAUGUGCUGCAUAUGCACAAGACUGAACGCUUGAGCUUAUCUGCUUCAUUUGUCAUAUAUAAAAGAGAUUUUUUAAUGGUACUUGCUUCCAUUGAAGAUGAUCAAAGAAAUAAUUUAGGAUUUUUAGUGUGGGGGUGCUUUCUUCAUGUGACAGAAGCCAGUCUUAGUAGAAGGAAUGUGAAAGUAAAAAGUUCAACAGAAUUAUAGUCCACCAUGCCUUCUGGGCUAACCCAUCAGCCAAGGAGGGUAAUGUAUGCCACCAUUGGAAUUGAUUUGGAGAUAAUAACCAAUUAUUGUCAGAGAAAUGUUCAUAUGUUACUCCUCAAAGUGUUUUCCUUCGUAUUAGCUCCCUGUUUGGUGCUGCGUAUGGCCAUUUUGUCAUAUGGAAGGAACAACUCUCAAGAAAGCCAUACAUGGUGCAGACAGUUCUAAUCGCAGAGCCCAUCGAGAAACUUACAUUUCACAAACAUUUCUGCACUCUGUAUUUACUAGAAACCCCUCAAAUUCAACCUCAUUUUCAAAUUGAGAUCACCUAUGUUCAAGAUAUAAGACUACAUAUUUCUUUUUACAAAACACUGAAGCAGGGUACUUGGUUUCAGCUAAAGUUUAGAUAACGUCUCAGAUUGAUGUGGUGGUGAAUUCACAAAUUACAGGUGUUUUGGCAUAAAGGUUACAAAGUAUAAUUAACUUGAUAUUUGAGAACAUGAAUCCUUCAAGACAGUAGUUGAAUAAUGGCCAACAGAACUUUGUUUGCCUUUUCUGCCAGAUUUCCUUCCCUCUAUUUAACUGAUUGCCAGCAGGGCAUGAUCUUUUCAACAGUUAUGCUCUUGUCUGGAUGUCUUGCCUGCAUUUUGAUACCACACUUGUUACAUCAGAAUGUGAAAUGCUAAAAACCCCCAUUAAUUUCAGUGGAACAUGGUCUGUUGUGCAUGGGCCUGUGUAUGGGCCAAAGAGUAGAUUCAGAGUAGAUCUAGUAACUCAAUCCCAAGUGCUUUCCUGAGGAUAUGUGAAUUAGGUGUUCUAGAUUUUCCAAGACCAUCCUAACUGACUUAUAUUUACAGAUGCUGUAAAUUUCGCUGUCAGGAGUGUUCCCAACAGGCCAUGUUUGGCAUUGACUUUUAGAAGAACGCCUCCCUAAAUAGUUAAUUUAGUAUAAGUCCUUCCAUUCUGAGAAUGGAGAAGCUUUAUCCUCAUCUCACCUAUUUCAAAGCAAAACAUAAAAGGAAAUUGAAGACAAAAAUCACUUGGAGCCUGCAAAAAAGUAGAAUAUAGUUCAAAAUAGAUAGUCUUUGCAGCAUUUUGAUUAUUUCUUACAAAUUGAAGAAAAUUAGUCAUUUUAUAAUAAAAUUAGUUCAAAGGUAAUUUGAAUACAGGCUGAAGCAUUCCAAUCACUGGCUCAGAUAAUUCUUUUUUUUUUUUUAGCUCAGAAAGAGCUAAAUUAAACAUUAUUUAUCAUUCAUCUUACUUAUUAUCCAAUCCAUGCUUUUUCCUUUGCUACUCAGUAAUAUUUUUUAAUUUUAUGAGCCUUUCAGUUUAUCAUGUCCUGUACAUUGUUCAGCCUCAGGCACUAUACUUCUCUAUUGCUUUAAACCUUAUCCAAGUGAAUUGCUUCUUCAUUUUCAUUUUAAUUUUGAAAUCUUUGAUUUUAAGAACUAUGAGCAUUUUUUCAGAACCAUGACCAGUUUUAUGAACCAUGAGCAUUUUUUCAGUGAAUUUGCGGGUUAAAAAACUAGACCUUUGUCUUCAAAUUUAUGUAAUUCCAUUGAUUUUAAUACAGUUACAUGAUUUUAAAGCAGCUGUGAAUUUGACCUAUCAUUUUCUGUAUUCCUUUCCAUUGACUUUAUAAAAACAUGAAAUCAGUAGUUGAGUGCUUUACAUGCUAAAUGAAGUUUUUCUUUACUUUUGUCUCUUAGUCUUCUCCUCAGUAGACAACAAGUCAUUAUGUCAGCAAAGUUAUGGUCAUUUGCACUAUCUGGAUGUGUAGCCACAUUCUUUGUUUUGCACACCUACUUCCAAAACACUGAAACCCAAGUCUGUGGUGUUUUAUUCCUCCAGGUUAACACUUCAUUAGUUUUGUAUUGUAUGGUUAAUGUGGGUUGAGAUGAUAUAUAACAACAUGUAGUUUUAUGUCUAAUGUAUUAGCAUUCUUUGACACUCAUAUCUUUGAACCUGAUGAUGCUGGUAAAGAAGCAAUGCCUACAACUACAUAGAAUUCUCUUUGUCUUGAGGGAAGGAGUUGAAAGAUCAGAAUAUCAUUUGCCAUCUUGGUUUGUUCAGUCUUCAUGGUUUUGACCCUUCCAGGGUGACUACAGUGCUGCCCAGUGGACAGGACAUCAUGAAUCCUGAGGUAGUCAGACACCAUAAGGGAAGACAGUAAAAGACUCCAGAGUGCUGAGGAUCUUGAGGGCUGGCCUUGGGAUCAGUUGACUUUUCCUCUUGCAAUAAACCCCAGCAUCUUGUAAACAAAGGAGACUGAACUAGAAACUCAUGGUCUUUGGCUGUAAAUAAAAAAAUAAUAUUAAUAUGAUUUUAUAAAGCAUUCAGCAGCUUUUAAAAUCGCCUAAAGUACAUUCCUGGAAAUUCUAGGGGCUUUUUAUCUUUUGGAUGCUACUCAGUGGGGAUUAAUGUUAGCUACAGAGGAAACACCUGAAACAUACAGAUGGCUUGAAUACAGGCUGAGAAUGGCUUGUGAAGACUAACACGACUGUACCUGCUACUGAUUGAAGAGUGCAACCCCUGCCCGAGACAGUGCGAUACCUCAUACAACCUGGAGAAAACUUUUAGAGUGACAUUACUCUCUGCAUCUGAAAGUUUGUCUUAGAGAGUUUAAAGGAUUUGUGCAAAUGAAGUUACUUCCUUUCCCCCUGCUGCUCUUCUGUCUGAUCAGGUGGUUGUCUUUGAAAGGGCUGUUGCGGCUGCUGGCUCUCAAGCCUGCAUUUAUACAUUAAAAGCAAGAUCUGAAUUAGCUUGUUGAGCGUCAUUUAGCAGCUGGCUUCAUAAGAACAUAGUGGGUUUUUUAAUUGACUUUUCUUCAGUUCUUUUUUCUGAAGCCAUUCAUGUUCUUUUAACUGGUUGGUUUUUAGCUAUGUUUGAUUUUUAUACUUCUGUUAAAAAGAACACAGGAAUUUUUCCCAUAAUGGAUGUUUACAGGUUAUUGUCAUAGUGAUAGCUGCUGUUCCUUAUGUGAAUACCUGCUGUAGCAUAUCUAUAGAGACAUCACUGAUUUGGGCAGUUUCUGAAUUCAGACCUUUGCAGCGUUUUAUAAAUCAGUUAUUUCACAUAUCUGUGAGUCAGUAUAAUUUUUAAUGCCGUGUUUCACAUUUUUAUUAUUAACAUCAUACAUUGGGAUGUCAGAGCAAAUUCUGAUCUGUUUACUUGCAUAAUGUGCUAGUCAGUGAAUUGUUUCUUGUAACUCUCAGGAGGAUUAUUUGUGAGGAAAAAUGAUCUGUGAGUAGGGAGCAUGGGGUAUGUUCCUCAAUCAAAGACUUUUACUACCAAUUUCUGAGAGAUUAAAAUAGGCCCAGUGUCCUUUUGCCAUACCCUGCACUGAAGGAGACACUUCAGUAUAAGUACCAGCUCUUGUAAAUGCCUGUUUAAAAGAAUUGUUCUCUUGUCUCCACUGAAACUUCUAUGUCAAGAGUACUAGUAAGAGUGUAUUUGAAGAAAUAAAUUUUGGCUUAAAAAGUAACAAGGGAUGUUUGAGGAAUAUUGAAGAUAAAAUUACUAAAGCAGGAGUCUUUGAAUAAGCAAUUCUUUUGUAUUAAUGAUUACUGUAAUAUAAUGCAUUCUUAUAAACAUACAGUAAUGUACUGUACUUUAUUAUAGUACUGUCAUUUAAUAUUAUAAAAUUCUAUUCUAUGUAUUAUGUUUUAUAUUAAUAUAAUUUAUAAUCGAUAAACAUACUGUGCUAUUCAUUAUAUUGCAUGCUCCUCAUGAUCUAAGUGUGAUUUUUUUUUUUUUUUUUACAAUCUUUAUAGCAUUUACAAUUAUUUUUGUUUUCUCUUCACAGGAAGUUCAAGAAAAAACCUCUGGUUUUAAUAUGCAGUUGGACUUAACUGGGGCAGUUCCCAGCCUUAUAGUUGCCUUUGUGAUUGUAGCUAAUGGGGAUCGCCAGGGACGCAAAAGAUCUUUAGUUUUUCCAUCAGUGGGAGCUUUGAUUGCUGAUAUUUGCCUCACUGUAAUAUCGUACUUUUCCUUGUCACUGUCUGUCCUAUUUGUGGUUGCAUUUAUUACUGGACUGUUUGGGGGUAUGGCAACUCUCCUUGGAGGAGGCUUUGCUUUUAUAGCAGAUGUGUGUCAUGAUGAGAAGCAGAAAACAACACGAAUAGCUGUGGUGGAUUUGAUUUUUGGAGUUGUAUCUGGAUUGGCAGGACUGUCAUCUGGCUACUUUCUAAGAGGAAUAGGCUUUACAUGGACAUUUCUGAUAGCAUCUCUGCUUCAUGUCAUUAAUAUUAUCUAUAUUAUAUUUUUUCUGGAAGAUACAGUAGGUGUAUCUGAAUUCCAGCACGAGGCACCAGUGUCCUGGAAAGAACUUCUUAGAGAGACAUUUUCUGGAGUGUAUGUGCUUUUUAAAACUGCCCCUUAUAAAAAGAGAAUUUUAAUAAUUUUGUUACUUUUUACAUUUAUGACUUACUUAUUUACUAUGAUUGGUGGAAGUUCACUUUUUACACUGUAUGAACUGGAUGAGCCACUUUGCUGGAAUGAAGUUUACAUUGGAUAUGGAGCAGCUGUGUUCACUUCUGUCUCUCUGACCAGUUUUUUAGGAGUUUACUUAUUUUCUAAAUGUCUCAAAGACAUUUAUAUUGUCUUUAUCGGGAUAUUUUCUUACAUUGGAGGAAUGAUCAUGGCUGCCUUUGCCAAAACUACCCUACUCAUGUUUUUAGUAAGAGUGCCAUCUUUGUUCUGCUUUAUGCCCAUUCCUGUUCUCCGAUCCAUGCUGUCAAAAGUGGUUCUCACUGGUGAACAGGGUGCUGUGUUUGCUUGUAUUGCCUGUUUAGAAGUUGUGACCGGCAGUAUUUCACUUUCGGUUUUUAAUAGUCUCUAUGCAGCUACUGUUGCAUGGUUUUCAGGCUUUAGCUUCCUCCUGUCAGCAGGCCUUUGUCUAAUUCCACUGGCUGUCCUGUGCUGGCUUCUGUGCACAAGCUGGAAUGGGGAGGACUUGGCUCUGCUUGUACCUGAAGAAGUAUCCAGCAUAGAGAGCGUUGAUAGUUGAACAAAGGAUUCACCUACCCGGGUUUUCUAAUCUGACAUGCAGUGAGACCGUUGUGUCAUAGAGACCAUAGAGAUAACACAACAGUUGCAGAUGCAAUCUCAAAGUGGCCCUGCAGCAAUAAGCACUAAAUUGGUAGCACUCUAUAUCCAGUCUCUUUUUAGCACUUGAGUAAGGCUAACUCUUAUACUUAACUAUGCACAUAGGCUGGCAAUGGAGAUUUUAAUGCUGCUUUCAGCAUGAAGAAAAAAAUAAGGUAGGAUGAUACUCUCUUUCCACUUACCCCUUCUCAAGUUUGAGAAUGUCAGCUGUGGAUUGUGAUACAUCUUGUAUUAUUCUAAGUGGGGUGACAGAGAUAAGCUUAUCAACUCAGAGGGUGCUGGCAAUUCUGCUGAAGCCAGUGGAGCUCAUGCCAGCUGAGGAUGCAGUCCACUGUGUACAUCUUAAAAGGCCUGUCUGAAUGGUGAAGCCCCCCAAAAGGUGUUUUUUUCAGAAGGCAACCGAACUGGAGGCAGUACUUGCACCUGCUGUAAGAAGACACUAUCUGUAGUUAGCAGAGAGUGUUUGUGCAAGUUUAAUGUAUGAUGUGUGGACCUUGCCUAUGACUUAGUUCUUAAAAUGGAUUUUCACACAGAACUACUUAGGAAAUUUCCAGCUUGCAGAGUGUGAAGUUAGGCCUAUGCCUACAUUUUGCAGAGGCCAUAUUGCACAUUUAUUUUUAUCAUUUUUCAUAUAUUGGGGACUGCAUACAGACACCUCUAUUUUUUGUCCCAGAGAUACUUGUUUUCUAGUCAAGUCAGCUGUACUUAGCUUAAGAGUUUCUUCUAUUGAAAGGCUUUAAUAGCAUUUCUUUUCACUGGAUCUUUGAUUAUUUAACAAGCCUGAAAUGGGGUGACCAAAUCUGAACCAUGCAUCUAAUGAUCUUGCAAUGAAUGCAGCAUAAUUUAUGACCACUUGAACAGCAUUUCUCAUCUUCAAAGCACUUUAUAUUAAUAACCUCCUUCCAUAAUAGAUAUGAUCCUCCCUGUUGCAGAGAAAGAGAAAUCAACAGCGAGGACAAAUGACUUGCCCAGGGCCACAGUGCAAACUGGUGAGACCGACAAACCUAGGAAUCAGUUUCUGCAUUGACUCUUCACCACCUUGCUUUGAGAUCUUUAAGCAGAAAUUAUCCAGCAUAUUAGCUUCUGAGAUGCACAGCAGAGCAGAAUUGUAAAUAUAACACGUUAAGGAGCACUCCCACAUGGGCUUUUGAGACAGUUUGACAGCCAAUACUGUUCAGAUCCCUGAAAGUGCAGGUAGGUUGACUCUCAUCCCCUAAAACAGAUUAGGUAGAGAAAUAAAAAUAACGUAAAGUGGUUGACGUUUACAGAAGGAAAAAUCUAGGAAAGCAAUUGUGAUGUGGGAAUUGAUUCCACAUGCACACAGCAUAGGAUAAAAAUGAAGACAGAAUACGCUUUAUAAUCAACGAUCUGCUUACAGCCUUUAAUAGCCAUCAUAUGAAUAGAAUACUUCUGCAGAACUGCUCAGUGGUACUCCACCAAAGUGUUAGUACCACAUCAUGAUAUUAUGCCAGCAACCUAGUCUAGUGGAAGGUGUCCCAGCCCAUGGCAGGGGAGUUGGAACUAGAUGAUCUUUAAGGUCCCUUCCAACCCAAACAGUUCUAUGGUUCUGUUGUAGGUCCUUUUUGUUUGAACGGCACCAUUACUUCCAAGCUAUGUAUUGUGAUCACUGAGAAGUUUGGAAUAGGGUUUGAGUAAGGUUGCGUUUACACUAUCCAGGAGACCACUACCUACCCGUCACUGGUGAAAACAGUGUCAUCUAUCCAAGCAGGGGGAAGGAAUACACAGCUAACAGCUAUUGCAAGCUCUUGCACUUCUGUCCUAAACUACCAAGGCUGAUGUUGGCAAUUAAAGAUCAUUAGCUUUUCCUAGAUAGUUUAGACACUGUCUAGUAAAUAAAACUGUUUAAUUCUCCUCCCUUGAGGUCCCUAAGCUGCUAUCAACUUGUUGGAGAAGCAAGCUAAGUUUUACAGUAAUCACUGGGUCCAAAACAAUGGGUACUUUUAGAAAGAUUAAGAAAACACUGAUGUGAAGGAUUCCAACACAAAGAUUACAUUGUCUGCCUUGCCUCUUCAUUAUGCAGUUAUGUAAGGCUUUAUGAAAUUAACUGUUUCACACACAACUGCCUGGAAGAAGUAAAGCAAAUUAAGAAGGUGGUGUGUAUGCCUUCACUUCCUCUUCAAUACACACCUCUGCUAGCACUGGGUAGGAACAAAACAAGCUAUUCCACAGUGGCAUUUUGUUUGUCCAAAUGAGAACAAGCACCUCACUUCAGGCAUGGCUUUGUUAUGGUUUGAUUUUGCAGUACAAAGUACUCGCUGUUUGUAAAGUAUUUCUGGUAGACACAGCAUUUAGAACUGGUUGUGAGUUCAGGUCAACACACAUGAAGGAUAUGAACUGUGUUUUUAAAAAAGUGCCUAGCACUGUGCAAGGUGAGGAAAUCACAUACUAAUGCACUUCAGAUGAUUAAAUCAGAAUCUGCCAAGUUUAUAAUAGUUGCUCUAUUUGUAUGUAAGUGCAAAUAAUUUUGACAUAAGUUAAUAAGUUUGGGUUUUUUUAAACU